CUUCACCUCCACCACCCAUCCUUUCACUAUGUUCGCACAAACCCCCCUCAGAGUCCGCGCCGCGGUCAGGGCCGUCGCAGCGCAAACAACACGCACCUACACCUCACGCGCCGCCGAAAUGCCCACCCGCACCGCACCCAUCCGCACCCUGCUGCGCACCACAACGCUCCGCGCAUCCACAACAGCCGCCCAGCGCGCCUCACCCUACCUCACAUCGCAAAUCCACACCCAAACGCAACCCUCACUGCGCUCGCGCUCUCCAUCCCCACCCCCGCGCUACGAAGUCCGGAACCACUCCCUUCUCGCCGCGCCAAACCAAUGGACGCGCUUCUCCACACCCACCUCGCUCUCCAGCGUGCGCACAUUCACAUCUUCCCCGAAAAUCCUCUGGCCCGCCGAGUCCCCCCCGAGCAUCUCGCCCGAGCAUCUCAAAGUGAUAGAAGACCACAUCGAGACGAUAACGGAAAUGUUCGGCACCGCCAAAGACGAAUUCGAAAUCGCGUCCGAGGAGACGGACAAGAACACGACGUACGCGCAGGACGACCGCGAGGCAGCAAGGGAGGAGCUGGACAAGCUGCUGGAGUACUACGGGCGCGUUGUGAGUGAGGCCGAGGAGGCGGUCGGUGCGGAGGUCAAGAGGAGGGUCGGGCAUCGGAUUAGGGAGUUGAAGGCGGGGGUCGAGGCGCUGGAGGAGAGGGCGUUGGAACAUGACUAGAUGUUGACGUUCAUAUCGUUUGGGUGCAUAGAAGUUGCGUAGAGAGUUCGAAACGAGUUUAGGGCAUGGGAGGCGUUUGGGAGCGCUUAAGAGACCGACGGACAUAUUGAUAUGCACAUCGUGGGUUAGAUGCUCACGUGUAUCAGUACUAUAGCUGUGCAAAACUUUUACAUAUUUGAAUGUUGAUGCGUAUGCUAUUCAUGCUACGUGCUGGGGGCCAAGACGCUCAU